GCGAAUCUCAGUUCAAUUCAAUCGUUAGGUCGGAGAUACCAGACAACCAUCUCCGGUGGGCGGGAUCAUGAUAACUCAGUCUAAACUCGUUGAGCAACUCAGAGAUUACCAGAUCCGAUCUCAGCACAAGUGCCCUGCUCUUGCUAUCUUCUCCCCUAAACCUUUCCUCACUACAUGGGCUGAUGUUGCUGUGGCCAUUGUUUGGGCACUUCUAUUUUGUGUUUUCGUAAUAUCAUCAUACUUGACCCUUCGCUCAAAGCAUUACUGGAUUUCUCUUAUCAUUUUAUGUUUCAGUGUCUCUCUUCCAGUGCGUCUGAGAAUUUUGCGACAGGCAAAUGCAAGGAAGAGAGUAAGGUUGUUACCUUUGUCCAUGUGAACAUUUUCAUCAGGCCCGCUGCAAAUGCAACACUCUUACCUACUGGAACAUCACUUUCCAGUUUCCAUUAUACUCAGCUGGAUUUCUAGAAAUAUGAAAUAGAAGAUCACUUACCAGACUCUUCUUUGGAGGAUGGUAUGCUUCUUACCUCUCUUUGUCGGUGACCCAUACACAUCUUUAUAAGUAAAACUAUUAAGCAGGAAGUAGGUUCCCUAACAGUAGGAAAUUUUUUGUUACUGCAUUGUAAGUUUUGUUUCAUUGGGAAAAGAAUUACUUUAGAUGUUAUCUUCACUGUAUGAGAAACUACAGAAUACAUGGUAUUACCCUCCACUUUAGCAUUGUAUUCAGGUGAGAUAUAAAUAUGGUAUAAUUCGAUUAUUUUUUUUUCUCUGA